AACAAAAUUCGAGUAGCUAGGAGAUUGAAGUUUGUGCUUGGGGACGAUGGUUCGGUUUAGUUUUUGAAGGUAGAUGAAUUUAUUGUUCUGUAGCCACGUUUCAUGAUUUGAUUUCGUAUACAGAGCGUGAACUUUAGUCUUGUCUGUGGUGGUACUUUUGAAAGCCUAGUUCCAUUAGCUAACUACAACAGUAGCGUAGUUAGUUAGCUAGCUGACCUAGCUGUUUGUGUUCAGUGAUGCCGGAGCAAAGCGACCAGUUUACGUUAUAUUUUGGGUCUUAAUUCAUCCGCUGGCGUAAGACUGGUCAACCCAGAUUCUCUGGAAACUUAAAUGUAGGGAAAAGGCAACGAUUGAUGUCAUAUAACUGACCCUUAAAGCGACAACUGGGCACAAUAUGAACGCUCUUAGUUUCAGAAGGUAACGUUAAUAGCUGAAAACAGGGAGUCGGGAAUGCCAUCAUGCAAUCCAGUGAUGCUGUUUUCAUGAGACAGAAUCCCUUUCCUCCAGAGCCUCUCUUGGCUAGAAGCCACUACAGUCCAUCUCGAGCAAGGAAGACUUCCAAACAGCAGAAAAAGCUGGCCCUGAGCCCUGUCAGGUUUGGUGAGCUAGCCAGUUCUCCAGAGCCCCCUCCACAAACUACAUCUCUUAGCCUGGAGGACCAGCACUUCCUUGAAGGGUCGCACCGUGUUGUUAUCUGUCCUGUUCCCUCUGUGAAAGAGCGUCUGAGCUUUUCUGAGUCCUGGCCCUCCACUGAUCUGGGUUCUUCUCGCGCCAGCGCUGGGGCCUCACCCUGCACAGAGCCUCAGCCUCCACAGUAUCAACACAGAGCGACAAGUGAAAUGCAAGAGCCUUCAGUCCUGGCAAAGUACAUUGAACGUUUCCGUUAUGGAAGGCCACAAAGCCGUGAGGAAAGACAGAGGUUCAUGACUGGGCAACCAUUUUGGUGUACAUCUUCUUCCCCUCCACAAUCAUUCAGCUCCACUCCCACCCAGACACCUAAGGAACGCUUGAGAGGGCCUUUUGACUGUGGAAAUGACCUGGUGGACAGCAUGCACAGUCCACCCGAAUGGUCUCAGCCCAACGCUUCUCUGUCACCCACCAGAGGCCUGCUUGACCUAAGCGUACUUGCCUUGUCUGAGUCCUCCCGCUGUGAGCCAGGAGAGCCAGAGAUACUGCAGCUCCAGCAGAGAGCCAGCAGGCUUCUGCAGAAGAGUGAGAACUCUCUCAGCAGUGGCUCUAGUCUUAUACCCAUCAGCUCUGAGGGCCUGGGCUGCUCUGAUUUCUCCUCUCCUGUAACAGCUGAUGAGCCAGUCCGAAGGCCCAUAGUGCCCAGCUUAAUGGACUCCAACUUGCUAUCAACACCCAGCGUGUCUGGAAGAGACCCCUUUGCUGCUCCCUCUGCUCUGGGCACCAGGGGUUCAUGCAUUCGCCCUGAGGAUGACAUCCUGUUUCAGUGGCGCUUGAGGAGGAAGAUGGAGCAGGCCAGGCAGUUGCCUGAGACAUCCUCCCAUAGUACAGCUUUUCAUCAGCCUUUAUUGAGCAGGCUAGCACUGCAGCCCCACCCUGCCUCUACUGAUCCUCAAAAGGCUGGCUUUUCUUUCACACCUGUACCUGUAGAGACUGGCCCUGCAAGCACCGCUGCUGCAUGUCCAGCUCUUCAGCCAGCACUUUGUGUCUCCAGCGCAACCAUCUGUAAACUCCAGCCUGAGACCAGCAUCCCAACUCAUCAUAAUUCCAUUACCUGCAGUGGCUCAGUUCUGUUUCCCCAGCCUGCCAGGGAAAGAGCCAUUCUUGAGCCACGGGCCUCCAAUAGCCCUCAACAAGCCCAUCUGUGCGUACAGGGCAACUCCUCAGAGAGCUCAGUGGAGCGCUGCAGUGAGCAUCACACUGCCUCCUCACAGUCACCACAGCCCUCUGAAAACACAGGAGGAGAAUGGCAUGGCCGCCCAUAUGGAGAGAACAUGCUGGCUAAGGCCAAGACCAGGCAAGGGGUGGUAAAUGGCAUGAAAACAGGAGCAACGUCCAGCCGAAAGAAGAAAUCCUACCGGCAUGAGGGAGGUGAACGUGGUGUUGAGGGGAAGCAACACAUUGCCAAACCCAGCAGUAGACGUGCCAGAGGUCAAGAUGGGGUCAGCUGCAAGGCCAAAGAAUCCAGCUCAGAAAAUAAGCGGCACAAUGUGGGUCAAGGCUCAACAAGAGGCGUUCGGUCAGGAGAUCGCGCUCCGCCCCCUUCACCCAUACACAACACUCUGGGACAGGUUGUGUCUGAGGUGCUGUUUCCAGCAACUGAUUCAUCAACCCAAUCUAGAACCCCAUGUUCCUCAGAUUCUGCAAAAUACACACCCCCUGCCCCUUCACAGUCCCCUGUGCCCGCUAAGCCAAGCAUGCCACAGCCGUCUGAGGUAAUAGGUCAGCUGAUGCAAGAAGCACAAGACUCGGAUGGGUUGGAAUUUGAAGAUGACCCCUUACUCUUAGUUCUUCGUCGGCAGAGAACGUUGGUGAAGGAGCAACUCUGUGAGGUUGACAGGAUGUUGGAAGAACUCCAUGAGGACUGAUGUUUACUGUGAACUUGGGAAAGGAACGAUGCACUUAAACACACAAUCAUGUUUAUUCUUGGAAGUCAGUGCAUUUAUUUAGUGAAAUACAUUUCUGUGAAGAUAAUUACAUUGUAAAUAAACUGCUUUGGAAAAAAAAUAUA